UCAUCCUCGGCUCUGACCGCGCACGGAAACGCUGAUCCGUGGUCAGCAGCAGGUAUCGGCGGUUUGUGGCUGUGCAGAAAGACGGACGCGAAUCCAGCCCUUCUGAUCGGGGUGACGCUGAGAGCUCGGGUCAUGGCGGGUCCCGGGGAGGGCAGUGUGCUGGAGGGGGAGCUCACCUGUCCCGUGUGCCUGGACCUGUUCCGGGAGCCGCACCUGCUGCCGUGCGGCCACAGCUUCUGCCUGGCCUGCGUGCAGCGGCUGAGGAAGAGGGGGGAGAGGGGCCGCUUCCGCUGUCCCGAGUGCCGCGAGAGCCUCCGCUGCAGCGGAACCUUCCAGAAGAACUACAAGCUGGCCAACAUCGCCGAGGACUACCGGCGGAGAGGCCAGCCGCUGCCCCAGGCCACACCCGCCGUGCGCUGCGACUACUGCCCCCCGGGCGAGCAGGCGGCCGCGGUGAAGACCUGCCUGAAGUGUGAGGUGUCCAUGUGUGCGGAGCACGUCAAGCCCCACCUGGAGCGCCCCGCGUUCAGGGAACACCCCCUCACGGAGCCGCUGGGGGACGUGAAGGAGAGGAAGUGUCCCGAGCACGAUGAGACGUUCCGCUACUACUGCACGGACGACAGCGUGUGCGUGUGCACCGCCUGCACCAUCGAGGGCCGCCACGCCGGGCACACCAUCAAGACCCUGAAGAACACCAUGAAGGACCUGAAGGAGAGCCUGGAGGAGCAGCUGCAGAAAGCUGACAGGAAGAUCUCCCGCACAGAGAGGUAUCUACAGGAGCGAGCAGACGCUGAGAGAGAGAGCACGCGGUUUGUGGAGGAGGCGGAGCGGCAGGUGUGUGCUGCGGGGGAGCAGCUGCAGGUGCAGCUGGACGGGUUUCUCUCUGCGCUGCGGGAGUGUGUGCGCGCUCACAGCGGGACGGGGCCCGAGCUUCAGGAGAACCUCAGCAGGAUCAGCCAGGACCGAGAGCGUCUGCAGGAGGUCCACAGCGGCAUCGAGGCGCUGCUGCAGGAGAACGACCCCUUCCGCUUCGUCCAGGAGUUCCAUUCAGCUGGAAAAAGGUUUCGCAAAGCCCUGAAGAGGCCGCUGUUCUCCCCUGACUGCGUGUCUGUGGACACAGAGGGGCUCUCUGAAAGCAUGGAGGCCAAACUGGAGGAGUUUCAGACUGAAGUCAGGCUGCAGGUCACCCAGCUCAUCGACUCUGUGUGUGCGGAGAGCAGCGCAGCGGUCGAGGAUGAGGAGGAAGAGGAGGAAGAUGAGGAUGAGAGUGAUGCUGCUGAAGACAGUGAGCAUGAGGAAGCAGAGGAGGAGGAGGAAGAGGAGGAAGGGGACAAUCGCAGCGAAUCUGCUGAUGACUUAUACAUCCCAGAGGAGGAAGAGGAGGAUGAUGAUGAGGAUGUCUCCUCUGACUGAUGACAUCAGAGGUGUCUCUGUGGGGACAUGCUGAGCGUGCAGAGAGGUCAGAACCACAGAAAAGCCACAGACUCCAGCGCCCGGGCGGCCAGGCCCCGGCUAACGUCAUUCACAGUUACAUAAUAACCUGUUCAGUACAUAUUUAAUAUGCUAAAUAUCAGUAUAUUUAGUAUGCUCACCUGGGAAUGGUCUUUGUGCAAAUAUGUAAAAAUAAAGAUGGAAAUGAAGUCAUUUGAAGUCAGACCUACAGUGGGGAAUGUAACAGCCUUUCUGAUACAGGGGGGUGGGUCUCUGCGUCCUCUCAGCCAAUCACAGCUGUGACAUUGAAGAACAGAGCCAAAUACAGCCAAGUUGCUGCUG